AUUUAUUAAACUUUGAUUUCAGAUUUGAUGUUUGUAUAAUAAUGCUUGAAGAAGAUGAUUUAUCACCCUGGAGAUUAUUUAAGUUUUAAUGACAGAAUCAUUUACGACAGUGAUGAUGACAAUCUGUAUUAUUAUACCAUAGGGCCUUUGGGAUUUCCAAUUGAAACAACAACACCACCAACAACAAUAACAACAACAACAGCACCAACAAAUCUUGUUCAGAAAACUUCCGAUCUUACCCAAGUCGCUCCCACUCUCCUCCAAGCCGCUCCAAAUCUCCUUCAAGCCGCUCCAAAUCUCCUCCAAGCCGCUCCAAAUCUCCUCCAAGCCACUCCCACUCUCCUUCAAGCUGCUCCGAAUCUAAUCCAAACUACUCCCAAUCUCCUUCAAACAGCUCCCAACUUCCUUCAAACAACUCCCAACUUCCUUCAAACAGUUCCGAACCUUCUCCCUUCUACCCCCGACCUUCUCCCAUCUCUGGCUCCACUUCUCUUCCUUCCCCUUCUUCUCAUUCCACUCUGGUUUCUAGCAGGGGGUCUGUGGGCUCUGAUAACAGGAGUUGCACCCUACGGGCUCAGACAUGAGCUUGAAGGAUUAUCAUUUCUGUUUCAGGGACAGGCAGAUACCUUGAAGUUGGUAAAAUCUGGACUUUCCCAAGGAUUCACGGAUUUAGAUAAGUUGUUGGCAGACUUAUUCAAUAUCCGUCCAGAGCAACAACAACAACAACAACAACAACAACAACAGUACUAUCAGUCCAACCAACAGCAGUUUUGGAAUUCAGGGAUUUCCUCUUCUCAAUGGACUGUAGAAAACUUUGGAGGCCUAACCCAAGGGAACCAGGGGUCCCUAAGACCCCCUCUUCAUGGGAACCAGGGGAACCUAAGACCACUAGGACAAGGGAGCCAAGUUUAUCAAAAACCUUGGUCAGGUGCUUUUGCAAAUAUGAACCAAGAGAACCAAAAACUGGAAUUGAAGAAAGAGUUUUUAAAGAAUCUAAAAUCUGGAAUUUCGGAUCAUAUCUUUAGAGGUGUGCUGACCCUGAUAUCUCUAGUAGCUGGCCCUCUCCAGGCCGCUACUCAUGCUAUAGGACUUAUUGCACUCAGUAAGAACCCUAGAUCUCCUGUACUGGGUGAGUUUACGCGCUGGCUGGACAACAGGAGUACUGCAGACAACCAGGCAGUACAGUACAUCAAAAUGAAGGCUGUAACACCUCACCCCUUCUUUGUGCAACAAACCCCAUUCCCUAACUUCUACAGUCAGUUCAAAUCAUAGACGAAUUAAAUGCAAAAACUUUUUGUUAGAUAUUUACCGAAAGAUUUAGUAAUAACGAACAUAUAAUUCUUAUGGAUAUAAAUAUGUCCAACAUAAAACACAGUGUCCAGCAAUAACCAAUCUUAACAGAAUAGACUUAUUUUAGGAAGAUAUAUUUGUAUGUAUAUAUAUGUGUUAGCUAUUGCUGGCCAAACGGCUUGACCAAAUUGGCUCAUUUUUUUUUUAGA